UUGUGCCUGGACUGAGGGACGCAUGCGGCUGGAUCAGUGUCCCCGCGUCUCCCGGAGCGGAACCAACCAUCCCACCCCAGACGGCCGGUGUGUUCCCCCCCCGCCCUCUUUGAAGAUUCAUCAGACGGCUUUCCCCGCGCUGUGCCGCUGAGCGUCAGAGAGCAGCGUGCCAGAUGGAUCCUCGCUCUGUCACUGCAGCGUCGCAUCUCUCCAAGUGAGAAGACUCGCUCUGCAAAUGCGCUUGAACAAACUUGGACCGCUGCCUCUGUCCGUGGCGAGCAAAUCUAAUCCAGGCUCCUCUCCAGCUCUGCAAACCUCUGUCUCUGCUGACUAGGACAGUGGUGUGACACUGCAAGGAGACUUCACAGCCCAGAACUAUUACCUAACUAUUCCUCAUAAACUUUUUAAAGCGCUAUCUUUGAGGUGGAAAAAAACUGGAGACCGCACACCUCUUCGAGCGUUUGAUCUUUUCACCUGGAAUAAACUGACUGUCCAAAAUCCAAAAUAGAUCCGACUCCAAGGGAUGCGUAAACGAGCAUGAUGCUCUGCUUUCUGUCGCUGUUAACAAACAUAGGGAACGAGGUCGGAUUAUAAACUAUGUGGAGUCAUUUCUGAGGAUUAUUGAUUCCCUGUUCACCCCGGGUGUAUGGAGAAGAGCAGCCCGAGGAUGACGGGCGGAACCCGGGAGGCACCUGUGAACUCCUCUCCAGCGGUGGCGUCCAACGCGGAGGGCGAGGAGAUCGAGGUUUUGGAAAGCACUGACGUCCUCCCCGUGGCUCAAGAGGACCAAUGGAAGUCUCUGUUUGACAAGUAUGACCCAGAGAAUUCAGGCUUCAUCAGCACAGAGCGCUUCAGAGACCUGUUGGCGACCCACGGCUCUGAGCUUGACCCCCACAAACUGGAAGUCCUAUUGGCCCUCGCCGAUGGCAACGCCGACGGAAAGAUCUGCUACCAAGACUUUGUGAACCUGAUGAGUAACAAGCGCUCCAACAGUUUCCGGAGGGCCAUCCUGCAGGGGAGCCGGCAGCUGAAGGGCUGCAGUCUCAGAGAUGAGGCGGGGCUGGGUCUGUCUCAGCGUCUGGUCCGACACGUCGCCUACGAGACGCUGCCCCGAGAGGUCGACCGCAAGUGGUACUUUGACAGCUACACCUACUGUCCCCCACCCUGGCUCAUCCUUGCUAUCACCAUUGCUGAGGUAGCCGUGUUCAUGUACUAUGGCUUCCAGCUGGACCGCCUGGUGCUGCAGGUGUCCAGCCCGUCCUUCCUGAAGAGCCCCUUACCGUACCACCCCCAGCUGCGAGCGCAGGCCUGGAGGUACCUCACCUACAUUUUCAUGCACACUGGAAUUGAGCACCUGAGCCUGAACAUGGCCAUGCAGCUGCUGGUGGGAGUCCCUCUAGAAAUGGUCCACGGAGCCCUGCGGAUUGGACUGGUCUACGUGUGUGGUGUGCUGGCAGGGUCUCUGGCAGUGUCUGUCACCGAUAUGACGGCUCCUGUGGUCGGCUCAUCUGGAGGAGUGUACGCUCUGGUCUCAGCACAUUUGGCCAACGUAGUAAUGAAUUGGUCGGGAAUGAAGUGUCAGUUUAAGUUAUUCCGGAUGGCCAUGGCUCUGGUUUGCAUGAGUGUAGAGUUUGGUCGGGCAGUGUGGCUGCGCUUCUACCCCCCGGCCUUUCCUCCGUGCCCCAAUCCCAGCUUCGUAGCCCACCUGGGAGGGGUGAUGGUUGGGCUGACGCUGGGUGUAGUGGUCCUGCAGAACUACGAGCAGCGCCUCCAGGAGCAGUCCCUGUUUUGGAUCUUCUUCUGCGUCUACACCUUGUUUGUGCUCUGCGCUGUCUUCUGGAACAUCUUUGCCUACAGCCUGCUUGACGUGCGACUGCCUCCACCACCUUGACUUGAUUAUCAGAGGCAGACUUGACACUGUAUCCCCAUUAUUUCUCCAUCGGUAGAUCCCUUACCACCUUGCUGGAUGACUCACCCCAGCCCUGAUACUCUCUGAUGCAGGGAUGCACCUGACAUGCAGAGGCCCAUGGUUGCCGGUUAUGUCAUACCUUUUUCAGCCCAUCUGUUCCUUAUUGGUUAAAUGUUGCCGUUGUUUUUCGCUUACCAUACAAGCUAACCUCAGCCUGCUCUUUGUCAACAUCUCUCUUGGACAUUUGUCUAAAAAGUAACAGUCAGUUGGACAUUUUUAGACAUCACAAUGACAAAUGAGAAGCCUCGGAUCUAACGCGACAGGAUCAAGCAGGAAUAGUCCUGUAAACCUGGCUAAACUUCCUCUGCCUAUUCCUUCUCAAUCCAACGGUGCCUUCUCAUGGAGACGUCAGCCUGAUGAAAGUAUUUCUGCACAGUCACACCUUGUGUUUAAUGACAGCAGUAAAACCCUGCUGUACAAAACGUUUUCAGAAAGAAGAGUUCCUGAAAAUCUUUUACUCUGCCUGCAGCCCAAUUGUCAGUAAAUUAAGAAUAAGGUCAUGCUAGAAUGUAGGCUUAGUUAGUGUUUUGUCAUCAUUUCAAGCAGCCUAUAAGCAGGAGAGGUUAAUAUUAAAACAGAUGGCAGGAUAGCCAAACCUCCCCAACAUUGUAGGGAAAGCAUGGAGUUACCGCAACUUUCAAAAGUUAUUAUGAAUCUUUGAAUAAAAUUGUGGGUUACUAUUCAGCGUUGCCUCACUCAUGUGACACUUGCCCAGAUAAUUAUUUUUUGUGUUCAACACUAUUUGAACCUUAAACGUGUGUCUUUUGACUUUUUUGUGUGCAAGGAGUGUGACAAUUGUUCAUACAGAAAAAUAUAAAAAGAAGCAGAAGUGCCAUUUAGACUUUUAAGCUUUCAAACACGAUGCCAAAACUACUACUAGCACUGGAGGGAAAGAGCACAUCCCCAGAAAAUAAUUGUUUUUGUGUAAUGAAAAUGUAUCUAUUUUGUUCUGUUAUGUAUCGGUCAUACAGUAUGUGACAGAAAAAGGUCAUGAUCUCUAAAGAAUCUCUCACCUUGGGGGAACCCUAAAAUGAAGUCGAUUAUUUGUAAUUUUGUUGUCCCCUCUGGGCAAUUGCAGUAAUUGUUUGUGAUUGGUUGAAAAAUAGCGAUGAAGUGGCAACAAUUUAUUUAUUCAUUGGUGAGUAGGUGAAUUACGUCAAAUGGGAUCAGACUAAAGCAACUUCCACCAGUGUGGACAACUGGGCCAUUUUGAAGAAAUCUAGUAUUUUCUCAUUACCAAACAUAGAAGAGCACACAUGCCUGACCUCGCCUACAUCCGGGCUGGGGUCGUUUCACUCAUAUCAGGAGGCGUUGAGCGAAAGAAGUAAAUCAAUGCUCCCUCAUUACUUCCUGUCACAACGUAAAUUGUUAAUUGAUUGAACUGGGAUAGAAAACGACCCCAGCCCUAAGCUGUAAGUCUCAAACUGUACUGUACUUUAACCUCAUGUUACGCUGGUAACUGCUUCGCACAAACAUUAUUAUAAUGUAAUUAUAUACAGAUUAAUAUUUUAACAUGCAUUUGCUGUUGAUUUUUUUGUAUCUACUUGGUGAUUAUUGGUAUGUUGUGUAAAUUGUUUGGUCGGUCUGCAUUGUGAUAUGUUAGCUAUAUCUUAUAUGUAGGCUAUCCUAUGUAAACAUGUGUUAAAAGUAUUGUGGGGUUGUAUAAGGGCUAUGACACAAACAAGAUUGAGGGGGUAAAUGCUGAUAAUAUUUUAACAUUGUUCAUAUUUUGUAGAUUUGAUAUGUACAUACUGGAGUACAUUAAACUGUUUUA